AUGGAGCGACGGCGGAGCAUUUCAGUGCUCAACACUGCCUUACCAGCAGGUGCGGGGGAUGCAAUUUUCCGCACUAUAUCCGAGACCUUCUCCCACAAAUCGCAUCAUAGCCACCAUGAAGACAACACGGAAAAAUGGGAUGAUGCGGAAGACAGUGGAGAAGACGCAUCGGUUAAGACUCAGGUGGAAGAAUGGAGACUCACAGCGACCGUAAAGGAUAUCCAGAUCAAUGACCCGGCUCAGAGUCGGAGUUUGGGGGUGACCUGGAAGGAUCUAACAGUCCAAGUGGUGCCUUCAGAUGCGAUGAUGCAUGAGAACGUUCUGAGCCAGUUCAACAUACCGCAGCAAGUCAGAGAGGGACGACACAAGCCGGCUUUGAAGACGAUAUUGAAUUCCAGUUCCGGCUGCGUGAAGCCAGGCGAGAUGCUUCUUGUUCUGGGUCGGCCUGGUAGUGGCUGCACCACCUUACUAAAGAUGCUGGCGAACAAAAGGAAAGGGUAUGCCAAGGUCAGCGGCGACGUUUAUUUUGGUUCUCUCGACGCCAAACAGGCCGAACAAUAUCGCGGGUAUAUCGUCGUGAAUACAGAAGAAGAACUUUUCUAUCCUACACUCACAGUAGGGCAAACCAUGGACUUCGCUACGCGUCUCAAUAUUCCUAACGAGCUACCGAGAGACGCGGAAAGUCGGGAAGCCUUCCGACAGAAGUUCAAAUCGUUUUUGCUGGAUUCGAUGGGAAUAUCACAUACGGAAGACACCAAGGUUGGCGACGCUUUCGUCCGAGGUGUCUCAGGUGGAGAACGCAAGCGAGUCUCAAUCAUAGAAACGUUAUGCACGCGAGGCAACGUCAUGUGCUGGGACAACUCGACCCGCGGAUUGGAUGCAUCCACAGCCUUGGAAUAUAUCCGGGCAUUACGUUGCAUGACAGACGCCAUGGGCAUUGCCACCAUUGUCACCUUGUACCAAGCUGGCAAUGGUAUCUACGAUCUGUUUGACAAAGUUCUUGUACUCGACGACGGUGAGCAAGUCUUUUACGGUCCGCGCGAAGAGGCGCGCCCCUUCAUGGAGUCGCAAGGAUUUGUCUGUGGUGACGGGGCUAACGUCGCCGAUUUCCUCACCGGCGUCACAGUACCCAGCGAAAGAGCGAUCAAGCCCGGCUUCGAAUCGCGCUUUCCCCGCAACAACAUCGAGCUCGAACAAGCAUACCACCAGUCGCCCAUCAAGGCCAAAAUGGACCGCCAAUUGGAUUACCACACAACGCAAGAAGCCAAGUUGAAUACGCAGGCAUUUUGCGAAGCGGUUACAAUCGAUAAAUCGCGCCAGCUUCCCAAGUCUUCACCCAUGACCGUUUCAUUCCAAGACCAGGUCAAGGCCUGUGUCGCACGCCAGUAUCAGAUCCUCUGGGGAGACAAAGCAACCUUCAUCAUCAAACAGGGGUCAACGUUAGUCCAGUCAUUGAUUGCAGGAUCGCUGUUCUACAAUGCUCCUGCUAAUUCUGCCGGCCUGUUCGUCAAGGGGGGGGCUCUCUUUUUAGCUCUUCUGUACAACGCAUUAGUGGCCAUGUCAGAGGUCACAGACUCUUUUGCUGGAAGACCCAUCCUUUCCAAGCACAAAGCGUUUGCUUUCUUUAAUCCGGCUGCCUUUUGCAUUGGGCAGAUAGCAGCAGAUGUUCCUAUCCUGCUUUUCCAGGUCUCCACUUUCAUCGUUGUACUUUACUGGAUGACUGCUUUGAAGGCCACGGCAGCGGCGUUCUUUACAUGUUGGUUCGUGGUUUACCUGACCACGUUUGUCAUGACGGCCUUCUUUCGAAUGGUGGGUGCGGCUUUUCCGAACUUCGACGCUGCAUCCAAAGUAUCAGGCUUCUCCAUCACUGCUUUUAUCGUCUACAUUGGGUAUCAGAUUGCCAAGCCCGCAAUGCAUCCUUGGUUCGUUUGGAUAUACUGGAUCGAUCCGCUUUCGUACGGCUUCGAAGCUUUGAUGUCGAACGAAUUCAAAGGCCAGACAAUUCCCUGCGUCUACAGCAACUUGAUCCCGAACUAUCUACCUCAGUAUCAGGACUCUGCGCACCAGGCUUGCGCUGGAAUUGGUGGCGCGCAUCCAGGUGCCACUGAAGUUAGCGGCGAAGAUUAUCUCGCCAGUCUGUCGUACUCGCCAUCUCACAUCUGGCGCAAUGUCGGCAUCCUGUUUGCCUGGUGGGUGCUUUUCGUGGGUCUGACUAUCUUCUUCACACAGCGCUGGGACGAUACUGCAGGCUCCUCUGGCGCUCUGCUUAUCCCUCGUGAAAAUCGCAAGAAGGUUGCACUUCCUACCAUACCUACGGAUGAGGAAACACAAGUGCAAGAGAAAGCCCCUCGAAGGAAUGCAACUGAUAGCACCGAUGACGCUACCGCAUCUCAAGACCAACUUGGGACGAAUCUUAUGCGUAACACAUCCGUAUUCACCUGGAGGAAUCUUUCCUACGUCGUCAACACACCAACCGGCCAUCGAACUCUGCUCGAUAAGGUACAUGGCUAUGUCAAGCCAGGCAUGCUUGGUGCGCUCAUGGGCUCCUCUGGUGCAGGCAAGACUACGCUUCUGGAUGUUCUGGCCCAACGAAAAACUGAAGGCACAAUCCAUGGCGAGAUCUUCGUCGACGGUCGCCCGCUUCCUGUAUCCUUUCAACGAUCCGCAGGGUAUUGCGAGCAGCUUGAUGUGCACGAGCCUUACGCCACCGUCCGGGAAGCCCUUGAGUUCUCGGCUUUGCUCCGUCAAAGUCGUGAAACAUCUCGUGUGGAUAAGCUAGCUUAUGUCGAUACUAUCAUCAGCCUUCUAGAACUGCAGGACCUCGAACAUACGCUCAUCGGAAAACUGGGAAGCGGCUUGUCAGUUGAGCAACGCAAGCGUGUCACCAUUGGGGUGGAAUUGGUUGCGAAGCCUUCCAUCUUGAUUUUCCUGGAUGAGCCCACCUCUGGCCUUGACGGUCAAGCAGCAUUCAAUACGGUCCGCUUCCUCAGGAAGCUCGCCGAUGCUGGCCAAGCGGUUCUUGUCACCAUCCACCAGCCCUCUGCCCAACUGUUCGCGCAGUUCGACACGCUUCUCCUGCUUGCAAAAGGCGGUAAGACGGUCUACUUUGGCGACAUCGGUGACAACGCGAAUACUAUCAAAGAGUACUUUAGCCGUUACGACGCGCCAUGCCCGCCUGCUGCCAACCCUGCGGAACAUAUGAUUGAUGUAGUCACCGGAGCCCAUUCGGAAACAGAUUGGCACAAAGUCUGGCUUGAGUCGCCUGAAGCAGCUCGUAUGCACCAGGACCUCGAUAGCAUCAUCACCGAUGCCGCGAACAAGGAGCCAGGUACCAAAAACGAUGGCCACGAAUUUGCGACCGAUCUCUGGACGCAGACCAAAAUCGUUACUCAACGGGCAAACAUCAGCCUUUUCCGCAAUAUCGACUACGUCAACAACAAGCUCGCUUUACACGUUGGCAUCGCCCUCUUCAUCGGAUUCUCCUUCUGGCAGAUCGGCAAUUCCGUAGCGGAGCAGCAAUUGAUCCUCUUCGCGCUCUUCAAUUACAUCUUCGUCGCACCCGGUGUCAUUGCACAACUCCAGCCUCUCUUCAUCGAGCGCCGCGAUAUUUACGAAACGCGGGAGAAGAAGUCCAAGAUGUACUCUUGGAUCUCUUUCGUGACCGGCCUCAUCGUCUCUGAACUGCCGUACCUUGUCAUUUGCGCCGUUCUCUACUUCCUUUGCUUUUAUUACACCGCUGGACUCCCGGUCGCCUCUGAAAAAGCUGGUGCGACUUUCUUCGUCAUGCUCAUCUACCAAUUCAUUUACACCGGGAUCGGUCAGUUCGUCGCUGCGUAUGCGCCAAACGCCGUUUUCGCGUCCCUCGUUAACCCACUCCUUAUUGGUACCCUCGUAUCUUUCUGUGGUGUACUUGUUCCAUACGCUCAGAUCCAACCCUUCUGGCGUUAUUGGAUGUACUACCUGAAUCCUUUCAACUUUCUGAUGGGCUCACUUCUUGUUUUCACCGACUUCAGCUGGGACAUUAAAUGCAAGGAGUCUGAGUUUGCUGUCUUUGAUCCCCCCUCCGGUCAGACGUGCGCACAGUACCUUGACGCUUGGUUGAAUGGUCCUGGCAGCCGGAACAACCUCGUCAAUGCGGAUGCUACUACCCAAUGCAAGGUUUGCCAGUAUAGGAGUGGCAGCGAUUACCUUUACACUGUCAACCUACUUGAUUACUACUAUGGCUGGAGAGACGCGGCUAUUUGCGUCAUCUUCGCUAUUUCGAGCUACGCGCUGGUUUAUUUGCUGAUGAAGCUGAGGACUAAAGCGAGCAAGAAGGCGGAGUAAACGUAUCGAACAUCAGUCGGGGCCAUCUAUACAUCACUCUGCGGCUCUUCGCCUCACUAAUAUCCUUUUCUUUUCUGUUUGAUUUUUAUGCUGCCCAUCCUUCCCUAGACAAGUUAUUUCCUUUACGACGUAGGAAGCGCGUUCCACAAA